UACUUACUACCAAGCAUAGCAAUUUUCCCAGAAGAUCAAUCAAUAUUAAAUUCCCUCCCAAAACAUCCUUUGGCUGAUAAAGAAAGUGUAGAAAAAUAAAAAUUAACCUGACUUCCUACUAAUUCCAUUAUUAUGAAUAAAACGUAUUAUUCUAGUUUAUUAUAUUGAUAUUUAGAAAUGGAAGAAAGAUAUUUUGGAUGGGAUGAAAUUUCUGAUGGAUUACUUUUAUUAAGUACACAAAAGACUGAGGAUGAACAUACCAAAAAGACUAAACUACAAUCUGAUCCUAAUCAUGUAUCAAAGGUAUAUUGUCCGCAUUCAUACUUGAUUUUAAAUUUCCAUGAAACUUUAAGUCAACGUGAUAAGCUCAGAUUUAGGAAAUAUUAUUUAAGGAAGGUAGCUCCAAAUGAACCAAAUGUUAUUAUUUUACAAGAUAUAAAGGAUCUUGUGAUGUAUUUAUUAAUCAGUCACAUAAGUCCUCAAUUUGUGAAUUUCUUCUAUUUACCAAUUGUGGAUCGUUUUUUGAGAGCUGCAAUACUUUAUUUUCAAUAUUAUGUGAUAACAUGGGAAGAAUUAAUGAAAGAACGUACAGCUACUAUGAAAAAAGCACCAAAUCCUUUGGCUCAGGGCUAUAGAUAUAGAUAUGCAGAAGAAAUGCAAAUUCUUCGUUGUGUCUUAGGUAGAGAAUAUGCUGAUUUAAUAGUAGGUUGUCAUGAUGUUAUACAAUAUCAUCAUAUGACUGGUGGUAAAAAAGGAGCUCCAUCUGUGACACAAUCUCAAGGAGAAAAGGAUUUACGAAUAUUUGAGGUAUUAAUCUGUAUGACACAUCGUAUUGUCUGGAUAGCUUUAGAACGCAAGUAUUUCAGUUUGAUUGAAAUAGAAUUGCACAGAUUAUUUAGAACUGAAACAUAUAAUAUAGCAGAAAGACGAAGUCAUAUCAUUCAAGAUAUGUUACCUAAUGAUAUUCAAGUAUUACAAGGUCACAAAAUACAAGUAAAAAGAAAAUUAUUAAGAAAUUCACCCUUAAUACAAGGAUUGAUAUACUCAGAUUCUGACUAUCGUCUUCUAUCUUUAGGUAUAGAGGACAAUUCAAAUGACGAACGCAUUCUUUAUUUGAAGUAUGCACUUGUUGCUAAAGAAGAUAAAUUACAUAAACUGGGAAUAAAAGUAGGAAUUUUAGGAGAAAAUAGAACUAAUUAUGAUAUCCUACUAAUGCCUCUGGAAGAAAAAAACGAAGAACAAGACAAAACUCAAUUAUCUGAUAGAAGAAAACAUGAAAAAAGAAAAAGUAUUAAGGAUACAAUGCAAGAUACACAAAUAUCUAUAAAAGUACAAAGACUUCCAUCUUUCCAAACCAAACCCGACCUAACACAAGACUUUUCAACGAGAACAAUUAAUAUUUCACCAAAAGGCUACAAAAUUCCACGUCAAAAAGCAAGGAAAAAGUGGUUGAUUAGAGAAAUUAAACGGCAAGGAUAUAAAGAAACGGAUACAUACUCAAUAGCAACAAUGAUAGAUUAAUUAUUUUUUUGAAAAUAAAUUAGAAACUAUAAGCAUAUUUGUAUCAUAAUAUAAAUUAUCGUAAUUUGAAUAACAUUCUCUUUUAAUUGAAAGUUUAUAAACUUCUUCUAUGCUAUUAUGUGAGCAAAUAUAAAUGUUACGAAUUCUUAGUUUAUGUUAGUUAUAUUUUUAAAUAAAUAAAAUUUUGAAAUUUG